AGGCAACGUACCUCCCCCCUAUACCGGAAAACUGUCGCGGCUCGGCUGACUGGCUGCAACGCCGUGAACUGGCUGCAACGCUCAAGAUAAACUGAAACUUAGUAAAAUCACCAGUGUUUAAUAAAAGAUGUAGCAGCCCAGCCCUUCUCUCCCCCCCCCCCAUCUCUGCGAGGCGGAGGGAACGUGCGGCUGAGUGACGGGGCUGCCCUCAGUGGCGUCACCAGGCGAGCUCAUUAGAAUCCUCGAUAGAAGGCAGGUUCGGGAACAACGCCGAUGCAGCGACGCGAUAGGCUGGCCGGACUUCGCCCCGCCCCCUCGCCGUCCCGGAAGCGGCGCUCCCGCAUCCAGGAAGUGACGUCACCCGGCCCCCGGCCCGGAACCUCCCCCUCCUGGUGAUGGAGGAAGAGGAGGUUGCGGUGGGGAAGAUGAAGCAGUUCCACGGCGGCGUCAGCGUGGGGGUCGGCGGCGGCGCCGGGGGAGCAGGGCUGGAUCCGGAGCGCUGCCGCUUCCCUUACUGCGUGGUGUGGACGCCCAUUCCCGUGCUCACGUGAGUCUCCGCCCCCUUCUCGGGACGCCGCGUCGGAGCCCCCCCUCCCUGCCCCGCUCAGCCUAGCCUACCCCGCAGGGCUGUUAGGAAGGGGAAAUGGUUUUGGGGGGACGACACGGGCAGUCUUGCAACACUUGCUCUGGGUCUCGCCUACCUCACAGGGCUGUUGGGACGGUAAGAUACGGGCUGUUCUUUUGGAAGGAAGCGGGGCUCGAAGUAUUGUUGUUUACGGAUUGCCCAUUAACGAAGAAAGUUCUCUGGGCCGCUCACAAAAUAAAACGGAAGGUCGAAAUAAUGAUUUAAGCUUAAAUGUGUAAAAGACACAAAGGUAGGACCAGGAAUUAUUGAAGCAAUAGCUCCAGUUUUAACGAGGACGAGAUAGUGGGGGAGAAGAGGGGGAAACAGCAGCAGCAGAGACAAAAGAUGUCCCUCUCUGCAUUUUCCUAAACACUUUUCUUCAGGGGCAAAAUCAAACUUCAGAAGUAGGUCAGGUUGUUGGGUCAUAUAUAAGACUGUGCUUAUUAGAAAAUUGUGCUGUAUCAAGUAGUUAAGUAGAGCAUUGGGAUCUGUUCAUUUUUUAAACGUUCCCCCUUGUGAAGUAAUUUAAAACAAAAGAAAAAGUUUAGAACAUGGUGUGAUUUAUUUUUUAAUUUUUUUUUUUUGUCUACACAGCUGGUACUGUUGCUUGGGUCCGUCCGUCCCCCCCCCCCCCCGGGUUUGUUCUAGUAAUUUUGUUUCUCCAUUGUGGACAGAAUCUUUUUUUCUUUUCCUGCUUACAAAAAAUAGUACAUGGGGGGUUCACCUUGGUGCACUUCAGAUGAACAGUCGGUUCAGAACAGAAAGACAUAAAAUAAAUGUGUGUACAGAGAUAGAUAGGUUUGGAUUUUUAGGAUUCAGCUAAUCACUAAAAUAAUGAAUAUUCCUUAAAACCCAUCUGAGUAUUCCAUCCUCAUAGCUCUAUAACUGCCACCUUAAAAAGAGCAUAAUUUCAUCUUUAUCAUAAUAGCAGAUGAAGCUGAAACAUUUUGCAACAGAAAUUUUAAAAACGCUUCUUGUUAAUCACAGCAAAGACACCUCUGACUUUUGCAUAGCUUGAAUGUAGAAAGAUAAGAGUCACAUUUGUUGCUCCACCCAUUUUGUUGCCUCUGGCCCCAGCCUCGCCUAGUGUGUAGAAAGUUCCCUGCCAGAGAGAGUGGACCUUGGACUGAGAAAGGUUCUCCACCCUGAUGUAGGAGUUCUGUAGUCAGAUCUUUGAAUGGAGGCUUUAAAGAAGCCAUGGUGAACCCCAGAUUGUAGUGCUGGAGAAAGAGAUAUUCAACAUUUUCUCCCUGCUGGUCUCAUUUUCCUGACCUAAAUGUCAGAUGCUCACACCCACCCACAAAAUUGCUGCUACUCUUGUAUGGGGAAAUCUAGUAUUAUCUGUUUUUCCCCCUUCUGUGGAGCAAAUAGGAGCAGGGUGUUGAUGUCGGUUUAGAUUGGGAAAGUGUCUAUGGGGAAAGAGUUAAACACCUGCCCUUGGAGCCAGUGCCCUAAUUAAAAUCAGUGCUCCACACAGCCGCUUUGAGUUAAAGAAAAGCUUUGUGAUCUUAUCACAGGUAACUAAGAGUGUAUUUAUUGCAUUAAGAUGGAAGCUGGUCUCAAUAACCUUUGAGGUUUCUCCCAGCUCUAUGAUCUCCCAUGUUGUGUCUCUUUGGGCCUUAAUGUGGCAGGCUUUGGUGCCUAGACCUAAUGCACCCUGGGGUUUAAAGACACAAGCAUGGUUUAGGUAUACAGAAAUUUUAUUUGUCCAGUAUUGCAGGUAUUUACAUAACUCAGAAAUUGUUUUGAAAGCCUGAAGGACAAAAGAAGAAAAUGUUCCUUGACUCUUACAGGUCAGACAAAAAAUCCUAAACUUUCUGACCAGGUGUGGGAACCUAUGGUCCUCCAGAUGCUGCUGAACUACAACUCCCAACAAACAUGGCCAAUGGUCAGGGAUGAUGGGAGUUGUAGUUCAGCAACAUUUGGAUAGCCACAGGUUCCCUAUUCCUGUUCUAGAUCCUUGCACCUCUUCCUUGGUUUCAUGCAAUCUUCUAGGGCAAACCUCUGGGGCUCCCUGGCCAUAAAGCUUGUGUGUCUGCUGCAGAGGGUGUCAACUUCUUCAGCUGGUACUGACAGCGUUCUGUAGAUUGGCAUGUGGGGUAUGAUGCAAUCCUAACCAUAUCUACUCAGAAGUAAGUCCCAUUUAAUUCAGUGGGCCAGCCUUACUUCCAAGUAAGUGGGAUUAGAGUUGCAGCCUUAGUUAAAAGGUAAAGGGACCCCUGACCAUUAGGUCCAGUCGUGACCGACUCUGGGGUUGCUGCGCUCAUCUCGCUUUAUUGGUUGAGGGAGCCAGCGUACAGCUUCCGGGUCAUGUGGCCAGCAUGACUAAGCCGCUUCUGGUGAAGCAGAGCAGCACACAGAAACACCGUUUACCUUCCCACCGGAGCAGUACCUAUUUAUCUACUUGCACUUUAUGUGCUUUUGAACUGCUAGGUUGGCAGGAGCAGGGACCGAGCAACGGGAGCUCACCCCGUCGCGGGGUGAUUCGAACCACUGACCUUCUGAUUGGCAAACCCUAGGCUCUGUGCUUUAACCCACAGCGCCACCUGCGUCCCUGCAGCCUUAGUUAUCUUCUGGCAAAUAUCCUUGAUGGCUUUAAAGACCAUGGACUCUGCCCAACUGUUGCUGUAGUUUGGGUGGGAUUCAAUUGCAUACCACCAUAUUAGGUCACACCAUUAGGCUGCUCCUGUGAAAUGAAUCCAUGUUCCCCAAAGACUGGUGGGAAUAAAGCUCCAGCUUUCUUCUUCUAGGAUGCUUCCAGACUUGCUAUUUUUCAAGUGAGAUUCAAUCUCAUACUGGCAGAUCAGCUGAUUGGGAGGCAUUGCAGGACAAACCCACCUCCCCAAAAGAUCAAACUUAAUGGAGAAACACACUGGAAAGCGUAUGGUGACACUUGCUUUGGCACAACAUUGUCUAACCUACCCAAAACAAAUCGGGAUGAAUAUUCAAUAAAUGAAUUGUCUGCAACUGCCCCUAGGUUACAAAGGCUUUCUUCCACCAGAUCACCUGGAGAUGAUUCCUACUUAUCUACUUGUGGCCUGGAAAGUAGUUGUGUAGAAGCAUGAGUGUAGCCUGUUCAGGAGGAAUACAUAUAGUCUACAACCAUUCAGAGCACAGGGAACUUGAAACAGGAAAAAGACUAAAUAUCCCAUCUGAUUUGUGCCCAGGUUAGGUCCUGCUGGCUUUGAUGGACUGUCAGAAUUGUCACUGUCUCUCACCCUGUUCAGUCCUGUCAGACCAUCACCUUGGGCAGCCACUGCAGCAUCUUUUUAGCAACUUACCUUCAAGGACAAAAAACUAGGCCCCCUGAUACUUUCUUUUCUUCUUUUGGUAGAUGGCUGUUCCCCAUUAUUGGUCACAUGGGCAUUUGUACCUCAGCUGGAGUCAUCCGGGACUUUGCAGGGCCAUACUAUGUCUCGGUAAGUAGAAGCUUGUUCCUGUGGCUUUGUUGACAACCACUGAGUUGUGGCCAGUGCUGCUGUUCCACUAUCGCAGCAGUACUCUUGCUUUCUCCUCCUCUUCUCAGCAGCCGCACCCCUGCGCACCCUCAAAAUCUCCUCCAGGGGGUUGGAGGACCCUCCAGAGCUGAUUCUGAGGGCACAUGGGGAGGGGAAUUCCUAGUUGCCUAUGAUAACAUGGCAAGUGGUUAAAUAACAAGACUGAGUUGAGAUUCAUCCAGAUGGUCAUGUAAAGAAUAAGACUGGGCUCUCCACCACCGUGUGGUGUAGUGGUUAAAAGCGGUAGACUCGUAAUCUGGUGAACCGGGUUCGCUUCCCCGCUCCUCCACAUGCAGCUGCUGGGUGACCUUGGGCCAGUCACACUUCUUGAAGUCUCUCAGCCCCAUUCACCUCACAGAGUGUUUGUUAUGGGAGAGAAAGGAAAAGGAGAAUGUUAGUUGCUUUGAGACUCCUUCGAGUAGUGAUAAAGCGGGAUAUCAAAUCCAAACUCCUCCUCCACCGGUUGCUCCUUCCUCUUGUAUACGAAACCUGGAGGCUAUAACAGUGCAAUCAUAUACUUCUCUACUCAAAAGCAAGUUCUCUUGAGUUCAGUGGGACUUAUUCUCAGCUAAGUGUGUAUAGAUUUCCAGGGCUAGUUUCCUUUUCCUUCCAGUAGCUCCAAAGAGCUCUGAAAAUUCAUGUUUGGUUACUAGUUUCAGAAUGUUCUGAAGCAGACAGAUGCACAAACCUCUUGGCCUCUCUCUAUCUCUCGAGAGAUAAUAAGCAUUGAAGAAGACAAUCCUGUUCCAAGUGUCCCAGCAAAAUUAGGAAAAGAAAACAUGAAGGGGAGCUGGUGGUGGGAGAGGGGGGGCGCAGUAGCUAAUUUGUCUGACUUAUGUGUUAGCAAUCUUUCAAACUGGAGUAAGUCUUUUGGCACCAAGCACAUCCAAACAUCUAUUCUAUUGACUAGAACAGAAUGGUGGGUGUUUUUCAAGUCAAUCUUCAACAAGGGGAGGAGCCCUUGUAGGGAAGAAGAAGAAGAAGAAGAAGAGUUUGGAUUUGAUAUCCCGCUUUAUCACUACCCGAAGGAGUCUCAAAGUGGCUAACAUUCUCCUUUCCCUUCCUCCCCCACAACAAACACUCUAUGAGGUGAGUGAGGCUGAGAGACUUCAGAGAAGUGUGACUAGCCCAAGGUCACCCAGCAGCUGCAUGUGGAGGAGCGGAGACGCGAACCCGGUUCCCCAGAUUAUGAGUCUAUCGCUCUUAACCACUACACCACACUGGAAAGGUUUCUGUGGGCGUUAACAGCCCCUGUUGUAAUUCCUCAGAACCUAAGAUUAUGUAUUUAAUGAUAUGAAUUAUUCUAUGCUAUUCAGGAAAUGAAGUGUGCUUAUUAUUUCCCCCCCCUGCUCUCUCUACUAGGAAGACAACAUGGCUUUUGGGAGGCCUGUAAAGUAAGUGCUGUUUUCUCUCCGCCCUUUCCUGAUGCAUUUACUUGCAAAGAAACUGUAUCCACAGAAAAGCUGAGCAAUGCAUGCCGUAUUUUAGCUAUUAAGGCUGACUAAAAAUUCAGAUUGCAGCAGAGAACUGGGACCUGUGCUUCUCAGUGAGGAGCAUAACAUGAAAUAUCUCCUUAAGCAGCAAACCUGCAGCCGUCUGAGGUUCCAGUGUAAUAAUAAUAUUUCUGCUGCUUUGAGAAUGGACGGAAUGUAAUUUAUUGGUGCCCACAGACUAAGACAAAAGGAUGCUGAAACUUCUGAAUGAACAGAAUCCUUUUGGGAGAUUCCAAAUCUGUAAUCCUUAUGGGGAAGACAACUAUUGGACCUCUUCAAAGCUACACCCCCCCUUUUUGCCCAGAUCUAAGCAUAAGGAGCACGAAGGGCUAGAAGAUGCAGAUCCCCAAUACAUUGGGAAUCCUCUUUGGGAACCAUCUUAUUUACAGCUUCUGAAAUUCCACCCAUGCACUUUCUAUAUUGUGUGUGCAGCAGUAAGGGCUGGAAACAAGUUUAAGUAGGGAAAGGGUUUCUCAGGAUGUUAAAUGCUGCAUCCAGUUAUAAUUUCUGCACUUCUAUUACCCAAGCACAAGUAAUGGCUGAUGAAUGCACACACAGUACAAGCACACAUACACACAGCCUUGCUUUCAGAGUUUCUGGAUCUAAAUUGGCAGAUGUCAUUUGAAAAUCCUACUAGCUACAGAAUUUAUUAGAAAGGAGAAUGUUGUGUGUGGGGAGGGAGCAGGUUGUUGAAAACAAACAUGUGAACUGGCAUCUUUAGUUCUCUUCUCUCUCUAUCCCCACCCCCUUUUCCCAGAUACUGGAAGCUGGAUCCCAGCAAAGUGUAUUCCUGUGGCCCUAAUGCUUGGGAUACUGCGGUGCACGACGCCUCUGAGGAGUACAAGCACCGUAUGGUGAGGUGACUUCAGUACUCAAAUCGGCAGGGUCACAUGCACCCAGAAUUGGUUUGGGGCUGGGAGGGCAGAGUAAGGCUCUUGCUGCUGAUCAAGAAACCUUUUGGAAACACAAGCUUGCUUGCCAGCUACUGAAGAUAAACAGGGAGUUGUUUUAGAUGAGCCCUUCUAACUGUGAAAACCCUGCAUCGCAGACCGGCAACCUGUGGUCUUCUCAGAUGUUGUCACACUCCAACUCCCAUAAGCCCCAGCUAGUUGUUUUAGAUUGUUUCUAAUAUUGUUCUUAAUGCUGUAGCCUGCCCUGGGACCUUAGGCUGAAGGGUGGGUAAUGAAUAUGUAUUUAACAAUAAAAGUAUCGUCAGCAGUGUGCUUUUUACCAUUUCAGCACAACCUCUGCUGUGACAACUGCCACUCUCACGUAGCCCUGGCCUUAAACCUCAUGCGAUAUGACAACAGCACUUCCUGGAAUAUGGUCAAACUUUGCUUCCUCUCCCUUCUAUACGGAAAGUACGUAAGGUGAGUAGAAAGCUUGACUGUUGCUGUGAAUACUGUGGCGUGCAGAGUUGCAGACUUUGAUCAAGGGCCUUGAUCUCCAACAAGCUUCUGCAGUACGUAGCAGUCUGGUGACCGGUUAUGUUUAUUGGGAUUUGAAAACUAUUCGGCUCAUAGAAUCUGAUGGUGCUUGCAACAUCAAGCCCUUCUGGACGGCAGGUUUGGUCCCGGGGUCAACAGCAAGCCCUUGUGAUGAGUGGCCAACUUUAUGGACAGGAAGUUGGUGGCUGUGGGCAAAACCUGCUGGGAACUUCACUUGCACAGUUGAAAAAGCACAGCCAAGUGUGCAUGCACACAAAAGCUCACACCAGUAACAAACUUAGUUGGUCUCUCAGGUGCUACUGGAAGGAAAUUUUUUUAUUAUUAUUUUGUUUUGACUAUGGCAGACCAAUACGGCUACCUACCUGUAGCCAGUUAAUGUAUUUUCUCUGGAUAUUCUUUUCUAAAGUACAGCUUGGAAGCUGAGCUUUCCUGUGCUGAGUUACCUGGUAUUUAUGCAGAUUUAAGUAGGGCUGAGCUUAAAUUGCACACAAACACUUUCACCACCUUGUACACAGGUUGGAAGUAGCCUACCCUCCCACCCUAAUCCUGGGAACUGUAGAUUACCGUUCACAGAGCCAAACCCUGGACAGGCUCCCAAGAUUCUUUGGGGAAAGCUGCGUGCUUUGAACGUAUGCCACAACCUUCCUUAACAGGCUUAAGUAAAGCCGAGAUGACUGGCACAGCUUGUUUUCCCUCCUGUGCUUCCAGUUUCCCAAAAACCCUCUCCACUUUCUGCCCCAUCUCCUUCAUGGUCCCACCUGCCACCUACUCGCCCUGCUCCCUCUCUUGUUCUCUAAAUAUCUCUUUCUCUCCCUUGCAGCAUAGGGGGCUUUGUGAAGACCUGGCUUCCUUUCAUCCUCUUUUUGGGGAUUAUCCUGAUAGUCAGCCUGACUCUUCACUUGCGAUGAUGGACGACGCCAGCGUUCUCCCCUCUUUGGAAGUCAAGUCUUGAAAACUCUGGCUCUCCGAGCCCAGGAAGGCUGUGGAAGUAAGCUGCGUGGCCCAGAAACCCGCAGAAAAGAAGUGCUGCCUAAUAACAACUCUUCCUUUAUCCUGGUGGACUUUCUUUUCUUCCUUCCCCACCCCCCUUUUCUUCCUCAUAAUUCUUCCCUUCAAACAUCAAGGGAGAGGGGGGAACCACUGCAUUUUGCUUCUCGCCAAAGGUCUCUUCUGGUUCAAAGUUCCUGCGUAGGGAUGCACGACCUGGACUUGGAUAUGUAGGUGGUGUGGCGAGGACUUUGGGCACGUUGCAGUAGGCGCUGGGGCUGGUUGUAAGCUUCCCCAAUCUCUUGCAGAAAGCUUCUCGAUGGCACUUUAUGAGGAAUGAUAGCAGUGGAUGCUAUGGGUUGUGGGUUGGAGUUGGAGGGGUUUGGUUUUUAAAUCUGCUUGUGCUGGUAAAGGGGGUUUGUGGCAUUCUUGGUCGUAACAGUGUUCCUGUGACUGGGUACCACAGCGAUUGGCAGCCUGAAAUGACAGCCUCGUUGCUCAGGAGAGCUGGGGUUGCCAUCAGUCUUCGCUUCUGCAGCUAGGACUUUUUACCAUAGCGCGGAGGUUGUGUCCUCUUCUCCUUUGCACAAGAAGUGCAUUUUUUUUGUUUGCUUUUAAUUUGCUCCUCAGAAAUGCCAUUGUUCUGAAAGCAGCUGAUUUCUCUACCCGCCCCCCCCCCCCCCCCGCUCAAGCUCACACCAACUUAAGUGAUAUUUGGUGCAGUCGUUUCCAAGGGUGACCUUGAGCUGUUCUUGUUGAGAGUUAAGACAUCUCGGUCCCCUUCAUAAAACCAGUUCCCAAAGAUUUUCUGCGUGUGUGUGUGAUAGAAACAGAGUGUUCUACCCACCUGAUGGUUAAACUCUAUGGCUUAUAAUGUAGUUCUGCACAACACUGUGCCUUGAAAGACUCUAGAAGCAAAACUCGCCCCAGGGAGAUGCCUGAUCUAACCCAGUGAAGCUGGAAGUCCUACCGGUAUGAAGUCUGUUCUGAAGGGAAGAGAACCAUUCAUUCAAGAGCCAAGUUCUCUCGUACUGCUUUCCAGGUAACCUGAAAACAGGGCAGUCUUCAGCAACCUGGUGACCACGUUAGGUUUUGCACUGCAGCUCCCAUCAGUCACAGCUAGCACAUACUGCCUGGGGCUGAUGGGAGUUGUAGUCAAAAUAUCUGGAGGGCACCAGGGUGGCGAAGGCUGCACUAGAAAAUUGUGUGCCGCCCACUUAAUUUUGGACUUGGCCCAGGUAGCAAUGAAAAGCGCAGUCUUCUUCCUCCUCUUUUUAACCGAAGGGGACGCAAAGUGCUACACCGCUCUGCUGCAUGCCACCCCCUUCCCCCCUCCCCUCCCCAUGCUAAUCGCCACCCUUUCCAGUCUUUUGCACACUUCCUGGAUGCCAAGUACUUUGCACUGCAAUGGAGCAGCGCAUUGUCUUCCCCUUGAAACACCUGCGUCCGAGCAGGUCCUCUUGGGUGUUGGACUCUUGCCAUUUCAACCAUGAACAACGGCAGCUGUAGAAAGCCGAUCAAUAAGCUCUAGGCUGAUUGGAGAUCAAAGGUCUUAGAUCAAAGUGAAUGCGUGUGGUGGCCCAUCCCGCUGCCCCUCCGCUUACACUCCCACACCCAGCGGGGAUUCUAGUUCUGAGGGAAAUAAUAGACCAGAUCCACUGAAUAGAGACACUCUAUCCUUCCCUCCCUGCUCUUGUGUGUGUGUGUGUUGGAGUGGGGGGAAUCUUGCAGUGAUUUGCCAAAAAAAAAAAAAAAAAGAGCUCCAGGAAACCCAAGCAACUCACAGACCUGGCGCUCACAGCCAACUUCCUUUCUACAGUAGCAGUAGCCUCAACUGGUCUUUUGAGUCAAUUAAAAAGUGCUUUGCUGAUAUGAUGCAACUAUACAAGCUUUGCCACAUGUUAAAGUUGGCAAUAGAUGCCAGAAACUCCCAUCACUCCUCUCCCUCCUUCCCUCUCUCGCUCCCUUUCCCCCCACCCCUUGCAUUCUCAUAAUAUUUCUACAUUCUUGAACAGCCUGCUUAGCGGUGAAGAAUCAUAGAAUUGGAAGAGACCACAAGGGCCAUCGAGUCCAACCCCCUGCCAAGCAGGAAACACCAUCAGAGCACUCCUGACAUAUGGUUGUCAAGGCUCUGCUUAAAGACCAUAGAAUCAUAGAAAGAGAGGCGACCAAUUGAGAAGACAGUGGAACUUCUCCGACGCACCCCAGAAGUCAAAUGUGCUAACCUACUAAAGGCACAGAGAAGUUACGAAUCGGGGUUUUGAAUCCCACUCCAAAGGAUUUCCUUGUUGCAGCUAAGGGAUGGGAAUGGUGGGCACCAAUAACUGAUGGGAAGCAACUGCCCUCUCCCAUGCCUGCCCCCAACACACACUGCAGGUCUUCUGUGGUGAGUUUUUAAGUGGUUGCUGAUCAUCUAACUCUGCCCCUUAUGACAAAGCCACCACUUUACUCCUGUGCACCCGAAUUUCACCCCUGCUUUUGUUUACCGUACUGCUGAAAAAAACUGAAACUGUUGGCAUGGCCAUGGCAGUGGGUGGGAAUGUGGGCUUAGUGGAAAUAAAUUUGGGACAUCCUCACCACAAGCCCGUAUAGCACGCAAGCCAUGACCCCGCAGAAUGAAUUGGCCCUCCUCUUUCAGCACUUGUUUAGUUGCCACUUUUUUGAAUGCUGUGCUGCCCACUUAACGCCGCCUCUUUAGGGCAAGGGUGUGUUACAACCUUCCUCUAAGGGCAAGCACUUCUGUGCAGGGAUUUUCGACAUCUGUGUGUCACUCACUCAUAGGGUGCAGCACAGAGGGUUUCUUGGUGUGUGUGUGUGUGUGUGUGUGUGUAUGCGCUAGCAUACAGCUGUUGCCUCCCAUUUCUUUCCAGAAAUUUGCUGGUUGUAGGGACAGUGAGAAACCUGUGGUUUAGAGGUCAUUGUAUGCCACUGUCUCUGCACGCAUUCUGCAUUCCCAUCGGCUAGAUGUCUUCAGAGAUUUGGUUAGGUGCCAAGGUUCUUCUCAAAGGUGUCAUUGUUUAUUUGGUACCUACCCUGUUGAGGCUUUCUAGGGUUGUUGCUUUUUAAUUUUUUUUUGUUACAUUCCAGCCUCUUCAUUUUCCUUUCUUCUCUGGAAGCUUCAUUGAUGUGCCACUUGGGGUUCCCCCUCUCUCCCCUCCCCUCCUUUGCUGAUGAUUAGCCAGAUGGGCCUCUGUCCUGUGAGUCGUUUCUCCAGGGGGUGCUGGAUUCCUUUGUAUAUACUGAACUCUGCUGCUGUGAUUUCAUAAUCCCGACGAUGGUGAAAAAUAAAUGCAUUUCUGUGUAUGUCUUCAA